CGCCGACUCUGUGGAUCUUUCCUACACCUCAACCCCCGCCACUAACCUCUCCAUUGCUUCUGACUACGACGACCACAUCAGCCUCGCUGAAUCACCCGAGGAUCACUUCAUGUUCCCAUCUUUUGCGCAGGAGAAGUUCUUCGUCCAUCAAGAUAUUCACCCUCAAAUCCACCACGACGAUAACCUAGAGCCACCCCCCAGUCCACGAACAGGCGAUUCGUAUACUGUCUCUCCUGCCGAACACGAGAACUCUGAAGAGGCUUCUGAGGACACAUCAAGACCCGAAACACCUGAACACGAAAAGUCCGAGCAUGCAGAGGACGAUACUGCAGUCUCCAGUAGGCCUUCGCGACAAGUCGACUAUCUGUCUCACGAAUGGAGAGAAGAGGAUAUCUGGUCAUCAUGGCGGUACGUUGUGACUCGAAGGGGAGAAUUUCCCAACAGCGCGCGAUUGGAAAACGCUUCUUGGAGGACAUGGAUGAAGGCCAAGAACAACCUCAAGACUAUCUCUCCCGAAUCCCUCAACUGGCUAAAGGAUUGUGAUGUCACCUGGCUUUAUGGUCCUCUACAGUCAGGACCUAAAAACACCCACUCUACCCACACGGAGCCCUCCAGUGUUUCGCUUUCCAAGACUGGCUCGCUUGUCAACCUCAACAAGAAGCCCAUCUUGAAGAAGAGAAGUAUGUCUGAAGUUAUGCUUCAGCGAUCGUUAUCCACAGCGUCAUUAUUGAAGCAAGCCACCGCAGCUGUCAAGGCCCAAGAGACACGAGGAAUUCUCCGACCCCACCUUGGUCGCUCCAACACAGAUUACUUUGCUUACCCUUUUGCAUCACGUCGAUUGAGUGGAGACAGCAGCAGCCUCGCCCCUUCGGUUGAGUCAUCUGGCAUUAUUUCCCCCAGUGCUGAACGAAAACACAUUCACUUCAAUGAGCAAGUCGAGCAAUGCAUAGCUGUUGAAAUCAAGGGCGAAGAGGAAGAAGAAGAAGCAAUUGAUGACCAUUACGGUUCUGACAGUGAUUCAGACGAUGGAGUCAUGAUGAAGCGGGUUCAGACAAAGAAGAGGCCUAUCUCCCGGCGCAAGACUUUGAAGUCAAAGCCAACAGCCGAAGGAAAGACAAUAGCCAAGCUUCCGUCUACUACCCUCAAGUAUCGUGAGGACACUCCCGAACCGCGAGAGACUGCAAUGAAGCACUCUAGAAGUCCGCUCAUGUCCCCUUCUUCUUCGCAGGAGACCCUGCGACCUGCUAAGCAGUCCGGAAAAUUCUUUUUCGGGGAAGAGGAUCAUGAUGACAGCCUCGACGAUGCGCUGUUGAGCCCCCGCUCAGGGUGGGCUUCACCACCCAGUGAAGGCAUCAAUGGCGGUCUAAACAGAUCCAUCUCUUCAGGCAGCCUUUGCGAGGAGCCUGCGGGUAUGCGACGCACACCUUCGGGUAUGUUUAUGCCUUGUGAGGAAGGCGAAAUACAAUCAGGGGACGGUAUUUUUGGCCGCGUUAUUGACACGGUCAACACUGCCCGCGACAUUGCCCAUGUUAUCUGGAACGUGGGAUGGAGGAAAUAAUGGGUAUACUGGCGUUCGGCUUUCAUUUAGCGACGCAGUGGAAUUUGAACAAGCACAAAAGCUUGUGGCUCACAAUUUGUGAGUUGAAACGACGCCAUGACAAAAAUCGACAAAAGUGUUUCUAUAUAAAGGGAUUUCCGAAGGAAUAUUGGCAUUGAUCUGGCAUUAUACUGCAACCAUCAUAUGUCGAGGCCUUGUUAGUCAACAUCAACCUGGCCUGGCCACCACGACAUCCUGGAAAGCGGAAUACGAUUCUAUCUCAUACACGGCCUGUGACAAGGGGACGGACAAACAUCAAAAGGCUAAAGAAAAGCAAUGUGUGCGUUGCGGAUGGGAUCUGGGUGGCUCAGACGGGGAUCCUCACGACAAGGGAGUCAUUUACCAGGCCUCCCCAACCGAAGCCUCAAUUAUUGGUUUCCAGGCCUGCCAAAAAAAGGAUCAGCCGGCCCCAUGACACCCCGGCCCCCAGACUCCAGCUACAAACUCAGGGCAAUGGGAAUGGGCCAUUCAUUACAAAGGUCACAGGCCCGGUGGAUAUUCGGCGUUAUAAUUUUUUCGUUCCUGUCUUUCUUUUGUGGCAAGGGCUUUUUUUCUUCUUCAUGAUAUCCCAUAAGCAAGUGGGUACUACGGAUUACAGGCGGCCUCGGGCGGCUACGGACGGAUCAGGAAUGGCAAGGGCAAAGGUAUAUGGGGUCAAUUGAUUUUUCGGCGACUACGGCGACUCUACGGUAUUGGCAACGCCAUGGAAAGGAUGGAUCAAAGAAGAAAUGAAGGACACAAACGGCAAAUGGCGACAGGACCGGAUCUUCAGUGCGUUGGUGUAUUCGUUGUACAUAAAGACAGCUGUCGGAUCUCGACGUACACACAUAGAUCGGACUGAAUCAAGACAAGUUGCAAAAACAACACAAAAAGCAUGUUAAAAGAUACAAUAAUACUACGUUUACAUCAUGUCG